AUGGAUCAUGCUGAAGAAAAUGAAAUCCUUGCAGCAAGCCAGAGGUACUAUGUGGAAAGGCCUAUCUUCAGCCAUCUGGUCCUCCAGGAAAGACUUCACAAGAAGGACAAGAUUUCAGAUUCCAUCGGGGAUAAGCUGAAACAGGCAUUCACAUGUACUCCUAAGAAGAUACGAAAUAUCAUUUAUAUGUUCCUGCCCAUAACUAAAUGGUUGCCUGCGUACAAAUUCAAAGAGUAUGUGUUGGGUGACUUGGUCUCAGGCAUAAGCACAGGGGUACUUCAGCUUCCUCAAGGGUUAGCCUUUGCAAUGCUGGCUGCCGUGCCUCCGGUGUUUGGCCUGUACUCUUCAUUUUAUCCUGUUAUAAUGUAUUGUUUUUUUGGAACCUCCAGACAUGUAUCCAUAGGUCCGUUCGCUGUUAUUAGCCUGAUGAUUGGUGGUGUGGCUGUUCGAUUAGUACCAGAUGAUAUAGUUAUUCCAGGAGGGGUAAAUGCAACCAAUGGUACGGAAGCAAGAGAUGCCUUGAGAGUGAAAGUCGCCAUGUCCGUGACCUUACUUUCAGGAAUCAUCCAGUUUUGCCUAGGUGUCUGUAGGUUUGGAUUUGUGGCCAUAUAUCUUACGGAGCCCCUGGUCCGUGGGUUUACCACCGCGGCUGCUGUGCACGUCUUCACCUCCAUGUUAAAAUACCUGUUUGGAGUUAAAACAAAGCGGUACAGUGGGAUCUUUUCAGUGGUGUAUAGUACAGUUGCUGUGUUGCAGAAUGUUAAAAACCUCAACGUGUGUUCCCUAGGCGUCGGGCUGAUGGUUUUUGGUUUGCUGUUGGGUGGCAAGGAGUUUAAUGAGAGAUUUAAGGAGAAAUUACCGGCACCUAUUCCUUUAGAGUUCUUUGCGGUGGUGAUGGGAACUGGCAUUUCAGCUGGGUUUAACUUGCAAGAAUCGUACAAUGUGGAUGUCGUCGGGACACUUCCUCUGGGGCUACUACCUCCAGCCAACCCGGACACCAGCCUCUUCCACCUCGUGUACGUGGAUGCCAUUGCCAUAGCCAUUGUUGGAUUUUCAGUGACCAUCUCAAUGGCCAAGACCUUGGCAAAUAAACAUGGCUACCAGGUGGAUGGCAAUCAGGAGCUCAUUGCCCUGGGACUGUGCAAUUCCAUUGGCUCACUCUUCCAGACUUUCUCAAUUUCAUGCUCCUUAUCUCGAAGCCUUGUUCAAGAGGGGACUGGAGGGAAGACACAGCUUGCAGGUUGUUUGGCCUCACUAAUGAUUCUGCUGGUCAUAUUAGCCACCGGGUUCCUCUUCGAAUCAUUGCCCCAGGCUGUGCUGUCGGCCAUUGUGAUUGUCAACCUGAAAGGAAUGUUCAUGCAAUUCUCAGAUCUCCCCUUUUUCUGGAGAACGAGCAAAAUCGAACUGACCAUUUGGCUGACCACUUUUGUUUCCUCCUUGUUCCUGGGAUUGGACUAUGGUUUGAUCACAGCUGUGAUCAUCGCUCUGCUGACUGUGAUUUACAGAACCCAGAGUCCCAGCUACAAAGUGCUUGGACAGCUUCCUGACACUGACGUGUAUAUUGACAUAGAUGCAUAUGAGGAGGUGAAAGAAAUUCCUGGAAUAAAAAUAUUCCAAAUCAAUGCCCCAAUUUAUUAUGCAAAUAGCGACUUAUAUAGCAAUGCUUUAAAAAGAAAGACUGGAGUGAACCCAGCGCUCAUAAUGGGAGCAAGAAGAAAGGCCAUGAAGAAGUAUGCUAAGGAAGUUGGAAAUGCAAAUAUGGCCAAUGCAACUGCUGUCAAAGUGGAUGCAGAAGUCGAUGGAGAAGAUGCCACGAAGCCUGAAGAAGAGGAUGACGAAGUAAAAUACCCCCCAAUAGUCAUCAAGAGCACAUUUCCUGAAGAAAUGCAAAGAUUUAUGCCCCCAGGGGAUAACAUCCACACCAUCAUUCUGGAUUUUACACAAGUCAAUUUUAUUGACUCUGUUGGUGUAAAAACUCUGGCCGGGAUUGUAAAAGAAUAUGGAGAUGUCGGUAUUUAUGUGUAUUUAGCAGGAUGCAGCGCACAAGUUGUGAAUGACCUCACUCAAAAUCGAUUCUUUGAAAAUCCUGCCUUGAAGGAGCUGCUGUUCUACAGCAUUCAUGAUGCAGUUUUAGGCAGCCAGCUUCGGGAGGCGCUUGCCGAGCAAGAAGCCACCGCUGCCCCUCCGCAGGAGGACUCAGAACCCAACGCCACUCCAGAAGCUUAGAGGAGCCCAGCUGG